CUCCUCCCACGACGCACAAUCUUUUCCCACCUUCUUGUCACUACGCUCUAACAAAGAUCAUUAUAUUCUUCUCUCGAUUCUGUUGUUGUUCAUGCUGUGGCUGCUCUGAUCAUGUAUACAUGACGUAUUAUCAUUCCUGGUAGCGGAUCAAAGCAAUACCAUCUGGUACCUGCACAGCUCGUGCGCAAGGUAGCGCUGCAGUCAGUUCCAGUUGCAAAACUACGGAAACCACACCCGCUCACUCUGGCCUGGACCGUUCGGAAUCUACGGAGAGGACAGGUCCAGUGAACAAGAUGGCAGGCGGCUAUUUUGAUCUUCCCGUUACUGCCCCCAGGCAGCCAAAUAUGACAGAGCAGUCUGGGGAUGGCAGCAGAUCAUCUACGGGGUCACAUACGACUCCCCUCCCUUCCCCCAAUGACGGUUCUCGCGACAGGAGCGCAGGAACUAGUGGCGCGCAGGGCAAGCCGAAGAAUGCAGGCAUUCUGAAAGGAGCGAAUCGCGUCAAAUUUACUGUAACGGAGCCCCCCGAGCACGAAGAGCGUCGAAGUCGAUCGACGUCAGACUCGCGAGGCGAUGGAAGGGGAUUUCCUCAAAAACCAUCGCCGGCAGCCAGCAUUCCAUACAAUGAGAAGGUGGAUACCUCAUCCAGGUUACCUCCUCUGACAGAUGACGGCCUCAACGCGUCCGCCGAUGUCACAGGGCUCACGAUCCACUCUCGAGCUAGCUCUCGCGGAAGCUCUCGAGCCAGUUCCCGGGCUAGUUCACGCGCCAGUUCUCCGGGGUUCCUUGGGGAAGAUGAGAUCACUGAUCGGACUAUCCAUUCUGCGCAGGAAAGAGCUCAGGAACGAGCUCAGAGGUUAGCUUUCUUGUUGAGUCGUUCCAAAUCCCCCAAACCCAGUCCACGCUCCAGCUUGCCAUCAUCUAUCGCAUCUACGCCUUCGCAGUCUGUCUUGAUAUCAGAAGACGGGGAUGAGAUCCCCAUGAUCAAUCUGUCAGAGAAGCAGUUUCUCGACGAAUCCACGGACGACGAGGAUGAGGAGGCAUCCAUAGGGAGGCGACCCAACACACGCACUUCCGAAGCUCACCAGCUUGUCCAACAAAUGACUCGAAAGGAGUUCGAUCCACUGAACAGAGUACGUGCACCAUCACCAGGAUUUCGUUCGGGUCAGGUCACUCCCUUGGAGGACAGGGACCCGGACGCCUACGUCCAACGGCCAGCGCAUUAUCGCGGUGGUAUCUUGUCAACCUUGUUGAAGCUGUACGACCAACAGGCUGCUGGCCAACCUGUUGGAGGCCCUCAACAUGGUCAUUUCAGGGGAGGCAGCCUGGGAGAGUCGAGUUUACGAGGCUUAUCCCCGAGCAGAGGCAACGGGGAGAAGCCUCCCAAGCCAAGGAAGUGGUACGACAAAUCACCAAACAUGUCCUCUACGUCCCUGGCCAGCACAGCCAAAGGGUCGUCUGCGAGCUCCACGUACCCCCAGAGACCAGGGUUGAAACGGUCGAAGAGCAGCGGGAUGUUGGCGGGAGCUGCAAAGAGAUGGGGGAAGCCGCACCUGGAAGACGAGAUUCGGAUCACGGUGCACAUUGCCGAGAUCCUUUCUCGACAACGGUACCUGAUGAAACUCUGUCGGGCUCUGAUGAAGUAUGGCGCCCCAACACAUCGACUGGAGGAGUAUAUGAGGAUGACUGCACGCGUGUUGGAGAUUGACGGACAGUUUCUCUACAUUCCAGGAUGCAUGAUCAUAUCCUUUGACGAUGCUUCCACUCAUACAACGGAAGUGAAGCUUGUGAAAUCGGCGCAGGGAGUGGACCUGGGUCGUCUGAAGGACACUCACCAGAUCUACAAGGAAGUUGUGCACGAUGUGAUCGGCGUGGAAGAGGCUAUCCAACGGCUAGACGAGAUCAUGAAACGCAAACCGAAGUUUCCCGUCUGGUUUCUGAUCCUCAUGCAUGGCUGUGCCAGUGCUACAGUUGGACCGUUCGCCUUCAAUGCCCGACCUAUUGACUUGCCCAUUGCCUUUGUGCUAGGCUGUCUUCUGGGCAUUCUUCAGCUCGUGCUUUCCCCGCGAUCGCAGCUCUAUUCGAAUGUGUUCGAAAUCUCUGCUGCCGUUCUGACUUCUUUUCUGGCCCGAGCUUUUGGUAGCAUUCCUUACCAUGGAGGCCGCCUGUUCUGUUUCUCCGCUUUGGCCCAGUCUUCCAUCGCGCUUAUCCUACCUGGGUACAUGGUGCUGUGCGGCAGUCUUGAGCUUCAAUCGCGCAGUAUCGUGGCUGGGUCUGUCCGCAUGGUCUACGCCAUCAUCUACUCCCUAUUUCUCGGAUUUGGAAUCACAAUUGGUACUGCGGUCUAUGGACUCUUGGAUGCAAAUGCCUCCUCGGAAUACACGUGUCCCGCGAGCCCGAUCACGAACGAAUACCUUAACCAUUUCAUUUUUGUACCUCUCUUCACCUUCUGUCUCAUCACCAUCAACCAGGCUAAAUGGCGACAAGUUCCUGUCAUGCUGAUCAUCUCCUUUGCUGGGUAUGUCACCAACUUCUUCAGCAUGAAGCGAUUCGCGUCGAACACUCAGGUUGCGAACGCGUUGGGAGCUUUUGUUAUCGGUGUGAUGGGUAAUCUCUAUAGUCGACUACGACACGGUCUUGCAGCUGCUGCAAUUUUGCCGGCCAUUUUCGUCCAGGUGCCGUCUGGUCUCGCAGCAAGCGGAUCCCUCGUAUCUGGGAUCACAUCUGCUGAUGAGAUGACGGCCAACAAAUCCAUCUACUCUAUUAUCUCUAAUGGAACCCAAGGCUUCCUAGAGGCACAAAACCAAUCCGCACCAAGCUACAGUAGCAGCGACCAGUAUAGUGGCGUUGUCUUUGACAUUGGAUACGGCAUGGUUCAGGUCGCAAUUGGUAUCACCGUCGGUCUGUUCCUCGCCGCCCUGGUGGUCUAUCCACUGGGAAAGAAACGAAGCGGACUUUUCAGUUUUUAAGAGCCGCUAUCACCAUGACGGUCUCCCCGAACGAAGAACGUCAUGUCUGCAAACACAGGAGUUCUUUUUCUUUUUCUUUUCGGAUACAUCAAAAUCUCGUCGGGAGUCAUUCCUUUCUUUCUUUUUGUCUUUCGGUAUUUUCUGUCGUUCAGUGGAUUUUCUCCCCUCUUAAAGCGUUCUGUCUUGGUUAUAAGCGUCUUGCCUCUUAUUUCGGUCAAGCUUCAAUUCUCAUUUUAAUAUUUCCAUCCCCACCUAUGUCUAUGCAUGCCCUUCUCUGGACCAAUUAAUUUCUUGGCUCACCUUCUGCAUGGUAUUAUUACUGCUAUCUUGUCAUAUCUCUUUUCGUUCUUCUAUCAUUUAUUCUGGAGCCUAACAAGCGACCCGGGGACUUUA